AGCAUACAUGACCAGUCCGCCACAGCAAGCAGAGCACAUUCGCGGCAAGACCCUCACGCCCGAGUCGCCGAAGCCCGUCCACUACCCUUCACCCUCAAAUAUCCCCAUUCUUGAGACUCAAAUGGACCCCACUAUGUUCAAUGACGCCGCACUCAACAUCGGCACCCCAGCCUCGUACCAGUCGUACCCUCAUACCCAAACGCCGAGCGCCCAAUCGUCAACCUCAUACUACCCCGACCAGCAACCCGCGCAAUCUUUCCAGAACGUGGCAGCAAAUGGCGCUGCUGUGGGUGCAGUCCCGCCUGAGUACUCUCAGUCUACGGGGUACAACGGGAGUUCGCAGACUCAAGAUACUUCAAUCCACAAUUUCGCAUCUCAGAUCUCAGCCCAAGCACCUGCUCCUUCGUACAGUGAGGCAAAAUCCACGCCCGUUCAAGACAGUCGGUCGCUGUAUCCCAUGCCCUAUGAGUCCAAUGCGUACCCCACUCAACAGCCCCAAUCCCAGCCUGCGACCGGCAAUCACUAUCACACACAGACCAACAACAACAACAACAUCAGCAACAACAACAACAACAACGACGACGACGGUAGCCGUGUUAAUUAUCAAGCCCUAUUCGAUCAUCUGUCUGCUCCUGCUGCGAACAGUGCCAACAUUGAGCGAUAUGCUACUCCAUCCGUUCCUUCCCAGUCACAAGGCCAAACCCCCAUUUCCUCGCUACCAGCGCCUUCCAAUCUUCCCCCGCGACCCCCUCCCCAGGAGAAACCUGUCACACACCCUAACUAUAACCCAAAUGAUGACAUAAGGUCAUACCACCCACAUAGUCAGAAUCAGAAACCGCAGAAUAGCCAAUUUCGUAGUGCGGGUCAAUUGCAGCCUUUAAAUAUCCGGCCUAGCUCUAGCAAUCCCCCAUUGGAACCCUUUUCUGCCACUCGAUCGAAUCAAAGCCCAAGCACACCGGGAUACGGCCAUCGACAGUCAAUCGAUCUCCGCAGCGCCACACCUGACGAUGAAGACGCCCGCUGGCCCCCAGAAAUCAACAAAUUGUACGAGGAAUUUUUGGAAGAUGAGAGGAAAUUUGUGACCGAUGGUCAAUGGGACCAAUUUCCCAUGGGAUCGCGCCUAUUCAUUGGCAAUCUCCCGACGGAGAAGGUGACGAAGCGAGACAUCUUCCACCGCUUCUAUCGCCACGGCAAACUCGCUCAAAUAUCAAUAAAGCAGGCAUAUGGAUUCGUGCAAUUUCUAGAUUCUGGUUCGUGUUACAGGGCAUUGCAUACCGAACAAGGGCAGACCGUGCGAGGAAGGAAGAUGCAUCUUGAAAUAUCGAAACCCCAGCGGAACACUAAGAAGGCGGAUGGGAAUGCAAAUGACAAAAACGGAGUGCGUCGACGCUCUCGUUCGCCAGACUAUACGCGGGGAGGCACGGGUUCUAGUCAGAGGAACAUGGACCGAUAUUCCGGAAGCCAGAGCGCAAUGUCUCCAAGAGACCGGGACAACCGGAGGUUCCGCGACGACUACCGCCCUAUACGCUCUCCCUCACCCCAGCGUGGCAGUCGCGGCAUGCGCGGCAGGAAUAGGAGCCCCGAUCGGUAUGAUGGGCGGAGGAGAAGUAGGUCGCGCUCACCGCGUCGGUACCGGAGUCGUUCUCCACGGCGAGACCUGGAUGACGAUCUACCGCUUCCGCGUAGAGCCCCCCAUCAGAUCCCUGAAGUCCAGGUAUUGGUCGUCAAUGAGGGCUUGCCUCGCGAUUUUAUCCGAUGGGUCGAAGACUCAUUCCGGCAGGCAGGUCUACAAAUAGACGUUCUUAUCUUAAGCCCUCGCCUCUCUGAGCCUGCAGUCGUGCGGCGGCAGAUCUUGGAAGGAGUCCUCGCAAUUGUGAGACUUAACACCGCAACACUUGCCAAGAGCAAAGUGAACCUUCAGGUUUUCGAUCGACGAGGAGGUGCGGACAACAUUAAGUUCAAUGAAUAUGCAGACCUUGAGCCAACCGUAGCUGCUGCGCUUGUCAUCAAUGCUAAGCAGGACCAGGCCCAGGCUCAGGCUCAGACUCAAGCCCCGCCAGUCCAGCCAGUCCAACCGACAGCCCCUCACCAGUAUGGCCAAGCUUUCAGUAAUCCUCCUGCUCCAGCGCCCUCGUAUACACCUACUCCGCAUGCCCCUAACCAGUACCCUCCUACCCCGACGAGCAACGCUGGCAACCUCUCGAAUCUCAUAUCCUCCCUCGACCCCAAUGGCCUCCAGCAACUUCUAGGUGCCAUAUCACAAAAUGGUCAAUCCCAGCCUCCUCAGCCUCCUCCAACGGCACCCACGCCAGACCUUGCACGCCUUCUUGGAUCUGUAUCGGCCCCUCCCACCCAGACUCCCGCGUACCCGGCUCAGACACAGUACCCUCCUCCCCAAACAUACCCUAAUACGUAUCAAAACCCCACACUCGCUUCUCUACUUGGUAGCCAGCCCCCAGUGCAACCAGCUCCACCCACAGCACCUAUUCGAACUCCCACACAGGCCAGGCCAACUGGCCAGCCAGACAUGAACGAGAUUAUGGCGCAAUUGGCGAGAUAUCAACGGUAGUACUCCCCGUGAUAUAGACUUUUGCCCGUCGAGGACGGACUUGCCACAGUGAUUCAAAGUACAGAUUUGGUCAUGCUUGUCAAAUAUUCUUGCUUCAUUCCUCGAUUGGACACCUGGCGAAUUUACCUCUUCAUCCACCCUCUAUCUCUCGAACCAGACACCUGAUGUUAGGCUCCCUGGCCUAUCAUAAUCUCUGUUUUCUUGUUAGCUUUCGCUCAUUGGCGAGGCGUUCCGGGACAAUACGUGAAGGGACUGCCGGCAUUUUGUUGCAGGGUGCAUCUUUGCUCCUGCUCAUUGUCUGG